GUGCACAAAAAGAAAACACGAUUCCGAUCUCUCACUUCUCCUCUCUAAAAAACAAAUCGAAACACAUCCACCUCCUGAUUUCCAGUAAACCAGAGAGAAAGAGAGAAGAUACGAUGGACAGACUCACCAGAAUGUUUGCCGGCGCCGGAGGAGCACUCGGCCACCCACCUCCCGAUUCUCCAACCCUUGACACCUCCGAACAAGUCUACAUCUCCUCCCUUGCUCUCCUUAAGAUGCUCAAACAUGGUAGAGCUGGUGUUCCUAUGGAAGUUAUGGGAUUGAUGUUGGGUGAAUUUGUGGAUGAGUAUACUGUUAGGGUUGUUGAUGUUUUCGCUAUGCCGCAGAGUGGUACUGGUGUUAGUGUUGAAGCUGUUGACCAUGUUUUCCAGACUAACAUGCUUGAUAUGCUUAAGCAAACUGGAAGGCCAGAGAUGGUUGUUGGAUGGUACCACUCGCAUCCUGGAUUUGGUUGCUGGCUUUCUGGAGUAGAUAUCAACACUCAACAGAGUUUUGAAGCUUUAAAUCAAAGAGCUGUUGCCGUAGUGGUGGAUCCUAUACAGAGUGUCAAGGGGAAGGUUGUUAUUGAUGCCUUUCGUUUAAUCAACCCACAGACCAUGAUGCUUGGUCAAGAGCCUCGCCAGACAACAUCCAACCUUGGGCAUCUUAAUAAACCCUCUAUCCAGGCAUUGAUACAUGGGCUGAACAGACAUUACUAUUCCAUAGCCAUCAACUACAGGAAGAACGAACUUGAAGAGAAGAUGUUACUGAACCUUCACAAAAAGAAAUGGACUGAUGGAUUGACACUUAAGAGAUUUGAUUCUCAUUCUAAGACCAACGAACAGACUGUCCAGGAAAUGCUGAAUCUUGCGAUAAAAUACAACAAGGCUGUUCAAGAGGAGGAUGAGUUGUCCCCAGAGAAGCUUGCAAUUGCUAAUGUGGGAAGACAAGAUGCAAAGAAGCAUCUUGAAGAACAUGUCUCGAACUUGAUGUCCUCUAACAUAGUUCAGACAUUGGGUACUAUGCUAGACACUGUUGUAUUCUGAAGUUCUGCCGUCAUGGACAAUUUCUAGUUUUUUCUCUUCAACUUCUGCAAUCACUGAUCUACACCAGGGCAUUAUGAUUUUAAUUUCACAAUAUUACAGUGAGUCAGAACAUGGAAAUAUUGUGUUGGUUUCUAUGACUAUUUUGCUAAUCCUUGUGUUUUGUUGCCUACAA